CGCAUGUUCCUAUCCGUCCAAACUUCGGUCCGAAGACGCCUUUUUUUUCCCAGUUUCAUCAACAACUGCUGCAGGACAUGCUAUCUUCCACGAUAUCCUUGAAACCCAACUCCAAUUUCUCCCCAAGAAUCCAUCUUUUCCCGCCAAAAUUCGAUAUUGCUCAACCCAAAAGCAGAAUGGCCUCCCUUCCAUCUUUUCUUGGCGGGUUGAACUUGAGCAGGGUCGCUGCAAAUAUGGGUGUUGAUGCUUCUUCUGCUGCAGCUUCUUCUGAUCAGAGUAGUGAGUUUUGUACAUUGAUGGAGUAUGUUGGUAAAGGAGGGAUUGAUGUGGGUGAUGACUUGGUGGUUUUGUUUGGUCAUCUGGAAUAUGCUUCCAAGAAAAUUGCUGCUCUGGUGGCUUCCCCUUUCAACUCUAGCCUUGGAAAAAAUGUGACAAUUGCCAGUACCCCUUCCGAAAGAGAUGAACCUAAGCCUCUUGAUAUCGUCUCGAAUGAGAUUAUUUUGUCUGCUCUACGCCAUUCUGGUAAAGUUUCAGCCAUGGCCUCAGAAGAAGAUGAUUUGCCAGUUUGGAUAAAUGAUGAUGGCCCAUAUGUGGUGGUCACGGAUCCUCUAGAUGGCUCCCGAAAUAUUGAUGCCUCCAUACCCACAGGAACAAUCUUUGGAGUUUACAAACGUCUUGUGGAACUUGAUCAUCUGCCAGUGGAGGAAAAGGCAAUUCUGAAUUCCCUACAAAGUGGAACGAGGCUUGUCGCUGCUGGCUAUGUUCUCUACUCAUCAGCUACCAUUCUCUGCGCCAGCUUUGGUUCUGGAACACAUGCAUUUACUCUGGAUCACUCUACUGGAGACUUCAUUCUCACACAUCCAAAUAUUAAAAUUCCCCCUAGAGGGCAAAUAUAUUCUGUGAAUGAUGCACGGUAUUUUGACUGGCCUCAAGGUUUGAGGCAAUAUAUUGACACCAUCAGACAAGGCAAGGGGAAAUAUCCUAAGAAGUACUCAGCCCGUUAUAUAUGUUCUCUUGUUGCUGAUUUUCAUCGUACUCUCUUAUAUGGGGGUGUGGCAAUGAAUCCAAGGGACCAUCUGCGUCUUGUUUAUGAAGCAAACCCACUAAGUUUUAUUGCAGAGCAGGCUAGGGGUAAAGGAAGUGAUGGUAAAAGUAGAAUUUUGUCUCUUCAACCAGUGAAGCUACACCAGAGACUUCCUUUGUUUUUGGGGAGUCCAGAAGAUAUAGAUGAAUUAGAGAGUUAUGGAGAUGUUCAACAGAAAGUAAAUCCUGGUUAUGAAGUCUAAUAAUAUGGUGCUCUUUUAUUUACCUCUUGCAUUGAUGUCAA